GCUCACAUUAGGACCGCAGAGCAGAAAGGCGACUGAAAGCAAUGCGAGUAAAGUAAGUUUAAACUCCUGACAGAGCUGCAUUUCAGGUAAAAUGAGAAGAGAAAGUAUGAAACAGGAAAUACGGAAGUUUGGAUGCGCGCCAGAGUGACGUCACUGCGCAUGCGUACUGAUUAAGGGGCAUUGUCAGAAACAGAAAGUAAACAAACCAAAGCAUGCUGUCAUUCAAAGAGAUAACGUUACAGAUGUGUCAUUGGUUUGGUGUUGAAAAUGAGUAAUAGUGGAAAUGAUAUUAAAAUCUUCUUGAGCACAAAUAGCUUCAUUCUGCUGAAAUUACACACAUUUACAAGUGAAAUUACAUCGUAUAUCACCAGACAUCUCAUUCAAAUUACCCGUAAAAUUAUAUGUUCAAAGAAAAGCUCUCUGUCAAUGAAGGGGGAAAAAAGCUACACUAUGAUAACUGUUUCGUAAAAAUAUAAGAAUAUUUCAGAGCUGUAGUUUCAGUGGAAAUCUCUAAGGAGCACCUUCAAAUAUAACUGUGUGCAAAUUUGUUUAAUUGUGUGAAAUAGAUUUUUUUCCCACUAUGAAAGCUGUUUUAUAUGAAUCAAUCAUUCAGCCAAUCAACCACUCAAUGUUUUAUUUCUAGUCAUAUUUCAACACAUACAAAAUACAAACACCAACACAAACUGCUCUCUUUAUGCCUAUCCUACCAAUUCUAUGAAAUAACCUAGAUUUUGUAUAACCAAUUUAUUAACAAUAAUAACAACAGAAAUUCAAGAACUCUGGCUAUAAAAUGUAGUAGCGUCAUUUGAAGGUGAUGUGAGUUGGUUUCAGGUUUGACUAAAAUUGCAUACUUACCCAAAAACUAAUGUAGUUUAAACUACUGUAGUGUUUGAGUAAAUGUUUCAAAUUGCUAUAAUGUAAAGCAGGUGCUUGCUGUUGUGGUGGUGGUAGUGGUGGUAUUUAACAUGUUUUUCUUGUCAUUAUUCUUGAUUUAUCUACAGAGAAAUGCUAACAUUUUUAUGAACACAUGUUCAUAUUUUCAAUCUUUACCUAGACUCAGUCACCGUCAUGUGGUUACACUGGCUACAAGUUGUGAUUCUUUAAUUAUUCAGAGCUGUAAUCCUAUGCAGAUAAGCCUAUAUAUCACAUUGGCUAGUGAGACAGGCAUGCCAGCUUGAAGUGUGUGUGACUUGUGACCACCCACACACAGGGUACAAUAACAUUGCAGUAGUUGCUCUGGAGCACAGUAGCAGCUGCAGAGCAUUUUUUCCAGCCCGUACUUUGUCAGGAGCGGCCGACCCGUCCGUCCCGUCCUCGCUCUGGGAGGAGAAGUCAGCGACUCCGCUGCUUUUUGUAGUGGCAUCUGAUCCUGCCUUCAACCAGAACCUAAGCUCCUGUGGAACGUGCCAGAGGAAAUGUCAGACCCAACAGAGGAACUCACCAACAGACCCUUCGCAGUCCAGUUGUCCAAUGUUUACCUCAGCAUCUUGGCACUGUUCUGCUUCAAGCUCUUCGUUAAGAUUUCUCUCAACUUACUCACAUACUUCUACAUAGUCCGUGGGAAUCGUAAAGAGGCCGCCCGCAUUUCAGCAGAGUUCUACGAUUAUGGUCGACAGCACACGUCCUGGGCGGACCGCUCACCCCUGCACGACGCCGCCGGCCAGGGCCGCCUCCUCGCUCUGAGGACCCUCAUUUUACAGGGCCACAAUGUGAACGUUCUGACCAUCGACCACGUGACGCCCCUUCACGAGGCCUGCCUCGGCGACCACGUGGCCUGUGCCAGGGCUCUCAUUGACGCUGGAGCGAAUGUCAACGCGUCGACGAUUGAUGGAGUCACCCCUCUGUUCAACGCGUGCGCGGUGGGCAGCGUGGCGUGCACGGAGAUUCUGCUGGAAAAUGGAGCAAAGCCCCAGAGCCUGGUGUAUCACCCCUCACCCAUUCAUGAAGCCACCAGCAAAGGUCAUUACGGUUGUGUGGAGGCUCUGGUGACCUGGGGGGCAGAUGUGGACAUGGACAUCCCUCACCUGGGCACGGCGCUCUACACAGCCUGCGUCUGCCAAGAGCUGGAGUGUGCCAGAAAACUCCUGAGGGAAGGAGCGAAUGUGCAGAAAGGCAGGUCUCUGGACUCCCCGCUGCAUGCGGCUGCGGAGAAAGACUGCACGGCCGUGGUGAAGCUGCUGCUGGACUUCGGCGCAGACAUUAAUGCCCGGAACACAGAGUUUCAGAGGCCGGUGGACGUGGCGCCGCCCAGCAGUCUGACAGAGGGCUUCCUACUACUCUAUGAAGCCACGCCGCGUCUGCUGAGCCAGUUGUGUCGUCAGUGCAUCAGGAAGUGUGUCGGCCGUGACAGGCUGCACCUCCUCUCCCACCUCCCGCUGCCGAGCAGGAUCAGGAGCUACCUGCAGUACCAGUGACAGGCGGAACCAGACCGCACAGACGCAAGCGACACGUCGGAUCUGCACGCUCCACCUCACUCCAAACGCAGAGCAAUUACUCGAACGCCGCACCUGACCACAACGCGCUGUGGAUGGAGGUGAUGCGAGAUGCUGCUGGAACUCACAGUUCCCUGGAUUCAUUAUAGGAAAAAAUAAAUACAAAAUGUAAGUUUGUUCUCUGUUCUGCUGUGUUUAGGACGUCUCCCAAUAGUUGUAAUGUCUCCCAGAGAGUGAUGCACUUUACAGAAAACCGGACAUGCUUAAAAAUGUCAUAUAACUGUGCACUACGUAGAAACAAGUUUUUGCAUUUUGUACCAAAUGCAUUACUGCCAGAUUAUUAAAAAAAAAAACUGUGCUGAAGCCACACGUUUCAAGUAUUUCUUAUUUCCUUUGUAACACACACACACACACACACACACACACGGUUUCCCAUUGUGGUUUGAUGGACCUGAACAGAUCUGAAUAAGGUGAGGAGUUUAAGCUUGGAUUACUGAGAACUGACAACUGUGGAGGCUAACGUUACUGGAAACUA